CCUGCUUUGCUCUGUGAGGUGGAGUGCUGAAGGGGGCUUGGAUUACUCGUUGUUUCUGGCAGGGUGUGUCCUUUGUGACUUGACACACCCAUUUCAGAAGUAUUAACUCUUUCUUCAUGUGGAUAAAAGUCCCAUAGCUCGGAGGAUCCACAGCCAGUGUCCUGUGCUCAUCUUCAGCUCAAAAAUGACUUCUUAUCUGUGGAUUUUACUUUUUGGAGUGCUUGUGAUCACCAAAGCGCAGGAUUUGAGUCUUUCAGAUGCCUUAGACGAUGAUGAUGAUAAACCACCUACAUCUAAACCAGAGCAAAAGCCGCCCAAGACAGGAGGAGAUGGCCUUGACCUUGCAGAUGCUCUCCUUCCAGACCCAAAAAAACCUGAUGCUGAAGAUCCUGUGCAACCUGUAGUCCCACCAAAGGGUGGAGGGGGCUUCAGUGAUACAGAUCUUGAAGAGGCUGGUAAUGAUGGAUACAAUCCUGAUGUCAAUCCCGGGGGUCGGUCUAGAGGUAGUGCCGGUGACAUCCCAGAUACUCAAGAUGACAACACUAAAGAACUAUACCAGCAGUGGCUGAAGCUCCUGACGUUGCUAGGAGAUAACUUGCCAGAAGGCCUCCUUGCCUGGAUUGCCAACUCUAAACAAGUUGUAGUGUCCCUUCUAGAAAAGCUGCUGGAGCUCCUGGACUUAGCUGAAGCAGAGAAGCAGUCUUGAUGAUCCAAAGUGCAGCGAGUCUGUUUGUCUGGUCUCAUUAAAAGCAAGAGGCAUGUUUGAACAGGUUACUGAAGGUGGUUUGGUGGUGUGACUGUUGUUGGUAUGUCUGUUAAUAUUAAGCUUUGUCUGGAGUUGCUCAGUCUUUACAUUGGGAUAAUGGAUUUGUUCUCAUUUCUUUACUUGAACCCUGACCUAUGAUAAGCUGUUAGAUCUGAAGUUGUUCUUUUAUCUGAAGUAUGGGCCACUUUCCAACCAUCACCUCCUUCCUUUCAUUCUUUUUAAUUAAUUGUCCUUCUUUGUAUUUUUCUUCCCCCUGUUUUUCCAUUGUCAGAAAUACUCUUCUUCCAUGAUUGCACCGAAUCUCUGCUCACUAUCCAGUAGUGGUGGUUUUGUAUUGUGUUUGACUCUAGUUUCAGACCAAACCAGCUUGUCCUCUGAGGUUUUGUGGUAUGAAGUUAUCCCCGGGGCUGUUAAUGGUACAUUCUUCUCAGCUGAAUUUUCAGCGGCUUAUCUGCCCGUUCUCCCCAAACACCAACAAUUUAAAGCUCACGUGUACUUUGUUUUUGUUUCACCCAUUUAGAGUUAAAAACAUUAGUUAAUGUAGCAGUGUGGUCUGAUAAUUUUUGAAUAAUUCUGCAAGAGAUUUUCAAAUAUUAAAUAAAAAUAUUUAAACCUUCUAACUGAUACAGUUAACAAAACCUCUAGAAAUUGUUUACAUUUAGACUGAAUUUCUAGUAUAUUAUGAACUAGAAAAUUGUAACUAAUAAGAUAUUCUAGUGCUGACCCGAACAGCAUUUUACAGGCUUUGAAUAAUGUUGGUGUUUCCAGAUGAGUAACUAAACACUCAUUCUCAAAACCCUUAAAAGUAAUAUUUACUUUUCAUGUUUACACACCUCAGGUGUUGGGGGUUCGAAUCCAGCCUCUGCCCUGUGUGCAUGGAGUUUGCAUGUUCUUCCUGUGCUUUGGGUAUUUCCUCCCCCAGUCCAAAGACAUGCUUUGUAGGCUGAUUGGUAUCUCCAAAUUAUCCGGAGUGUGUGUGGGCGAUCCAGGGUGACCCCCGCCUUUGCCCCGAGUUCCCUGGGAUAGGCUCUAGGCUCCCCAGCAAUGUAGGAUAAGAUACAGAUAGAUGGAUAAUCAACCACAAGCAUGUUCAUUAUAGCAGUUCAAAAUAUAUCUGGCAGGCAGCAAAGAUGUAUUAAUAACACAAAAGAACUGAAAUUGGCUGUGCACGAGUUAUUUUUGCACUCAUUGACUCAUUGAUUUUCUGUUUUAUUAUUAUACAAACAGAAAGUCAAUGACUCUAAACAAAUAAUUAGAAAAUAAGACUAAUCCAUAUCAACAUCACCCUGUUUAAUUUCAGGGACAAUAAAAUGAGGAACAAAUUAAAAACAAUCAUUGUAGGUGUACACUUUCAGUGUCCGAUUUCAUUUGCACAAGUUCACAAUGUCUUUGUUUUCUGUUCCCCUCAUCAACAGCUGUUUUAAGCAAUCAUUUUCUGUUAUUUUAGGCAACAUAUAUUUUUUGUGUUAGACUGACUGUGAUUCAGGGAUACAUAUUGACAGACUCAUGUAACAUUAUAUAUGAUCAAUAGUUAUAAUUCAAAUAAAUUAGGACAUGGUUUUGGUCACAUGACCCUUCCCAGAAGUUAGCUGCAUUUGACAAUUCCCAAAUUGACUCACAAUUUGAAACUAUUGUGCACAAGUUAGAGUAGGGAAACCUUAUUUCAUUGUCUAUGUGGUACACUUGUAUAGUUGUCAGGAAACAGUUGAGAAUACAAGUGCAGGUACUCAGUGGUUUAAUUAAUCAUGGAAAAAAGACAAAGACAUAAUCCAAAAAUGAAGUCACAAAACAAGCAAGGGUCAGGCGAUGUGCAAAGAACAUAAACGAGUUCAGACAAGAGCAAAACGUGAAUAACAGGAACUAGAUCGAACCAGGUAAGCAGACAGCAAACCUAUGCUUGGUAUCGACUGGCACAGUGACACAGAGUGUAUACUUCACAAAGAGUGUGAGAACUGGAAGUCCUUAAAUACUGUGAGUGGGGUUGCGACUGUGAUUGAGUCCAGGUGUGUGUAAUCAGUGAUCUGGUGAGUGUGAACGUGAAAGAGUCUGAGUGUUGUUGUUUUUAGCGGCCAUGUUUGUAGGCUGUGCUGAGUUUUGGGAAGUGUAGAUUGACGCAGUGACAAUAGGGAGUAAGAAGCUAAAGACAAAGCUUCCAAAAUCAAAUAGAGAAAAGGAUCCCAGCAUACUGAAUGAAUACAUGGGUAUUUAAUUCCAGCUAGGCCUACAAUUUUCAUAAUCAGCCAGGUUACUGCAAAGAGAUGCUAACUUUUCCAGUAACUCAACAGAACAUGUGGUAGAAUGAUAGCAAGACAGGUUCUCCUGUAUUUGCUUACCUUUUUUAAAAGCACUUUUGUUUUGGUUAUAACCAACUUUAAUUGAUCUUUAGUUAUAAAAACAGAGUAUGAACGAAAGCUAAAAUCGUCUUGUUUUGCCUUCCAGUCUUUUUGAUAUUGGCAUUGUUUUGUCUCCUUAUCAUCUUGUUAGUGUUCCUCUUUCCCUCUUUAGUCAAAACUGUUGACAUCUGGUUUGUGUUUGUACUGAAAGUGUCUCUCCUAGUGAGACAUAUUAAUUAAUUAAGAGGCUCCUCUCAGGUGUAAUAUCUUUAUUCCUUGAAACAUGUUUUCAUAACAAGCUGACCUUCACUGUUACUGACAUUUCAGUAGACCUGAGAGAGUGUGAGUCACAACACAUUCCACACAUAGCAUGUGUUCAUUAGUUGGAGAAAAGCGGAGAUCAGACACACGUUGUUCUCUGAGAUGUGAAGAAACGUGGGAUGAAGUCUGCUCUGCAUGUCUUCCUUACUUUCUCUGAUGAGAUGGGAGUUUGAUUUGAAUCAAAGGAGGUUUCUUUUUUUUUUUUUUUACCUUAGACUUUAACUAGCUUCUGUGUUUUAUGUACUGAAUGGGCAAUCCUGUUACAACAUUGCAUUGUUUAUUACUGUUUAUUACUGUUCAUUCAUGGUGUCCUUUUUUCCCCCUCCUGUGUCUAACUGCCCCUGGCUCUGUGUUUCUUUAAAUAAACUUUAUAUGAAAGGCGAAA